UGUAUUUUAAAUCUUUGUGUAUUAAAAUAUUUACAUAGCUAUGUUUCUAAACCUAAUGCAUAUAUGAUAGAGCAGAAAAUGCAAGAUACAGAUUCAAUUUUGAAGAAGGGAAAAUGAAGGACUAAAUUUGUUCUUUAAUAAGAUGAUGGCCUCCCAUAAAUGCCGACCCAGUGUUCUCAUUUUACGGAAAAAUGCUUAUUUUUUUAGAUUUUAUGAUACAUAUUCAACCUGGAACCUGAUCUCUUUCACAUGAACGAACAAAAAUUUUUUUUGGCGGGAAAUGCAUCGGGCAUACUAUGAAUCUUGUAUGCAACUUACAAAUGUUGGCGCAUGCUUGGAUCCAUCCGGUUACCAAUGGCAACGGAAGUCACAAACGGUUGCUUUGUUGUUAACAUCCGUAAGCAUCGUGUCCCCUCGCAAUCAACAUGAAAGAACCUACCCGAGGCGACGAUGGCCACAACCCGCGGGGUAACACCGGUGAAAGCGAAAGCUACUUCCAUUUGGCCGUAUCGGGUCAACUGGAAUCGGCCUACUUUCCGAUGGGUCCCGACAGUGGUGCCUUGUUCUGCCGGUACGACGUCGUGGCGGGACCCGACUGGGAGCUUGUGUCCGGGAUGCGUUCGGGCAUAACGCAGAGUGCCAAACCGGAAGGUGACUACCGGACCGUAGUGUUCAACAUGCCGCUGGAGUUUACGAUGAAGUCGACCAACCCGUACGGAUGGCCGCAGAUUGUGUUCAGCAUGUAUGGGAACAAUCUGUGGAAUGUGGAAACGAACCAAGGCUACGCCAGGAUCCAUUGCCCUCUGAUGGGAACGAAGCGGACCAUGCGGGCGCCACUGUUUGUGCCGAAGUUCAGCAACAUUUGGUCGGCGGCCAUGAGCUGGAUAACGGGAGUCAAUCCGGAAAUGCGCGAUCCGAAGAUACUGGCGGAUGGAUCCAAGCACAAGGGUCUGGCGACGGAGAGCUACGGGGAGCUGGUGGUUACUCUGCAGGCGAUUUCACGAGGAUGCAACAAGAUGGCCCUCGAUUGGGGUCAAUCCUAUGACUGAACUUAUAGUUCUACUUUUUGUUUUAAUUCUGAUUACAGUUAAGGGAAACUUCAAAAAGCACAUACUCAUAUGGUAUAAUAUAAUAACAAGACAAUGAAUAAUUUAACGUAUAUUCUCGAAAACUGAAUAACAUCUUAUUGACUGGGAAGGAAUCACGGUGAAAAGCUACCAUUCUGUCGAAUAAUCUUGACGAACACAAAUUACCAUUUUGUUAAACUAUUCAAUACAAUGUAUCAAAAAACCUAAUUCUAAGGUUAGGAAUUGGCUUACGAUCAAUCUUAGAUAGUACAAUCUGAGUUUCAUUAAUCUUUUUGAGGUUUGACUUUACCAUAAUUCUGAAUGAUCAUUUUCCAAAUAGCUACUUGUAGCAAGUCAAAAUUACCCCAAAUGACCUAAUACCAAUAGAAUUUGUGCUGUGAGAGUUUCCCUGCUAAUGUAAGUAGGGUGGGGCGGGGCAAGAUGGGUCGCAUAAGGAUGGAUCACCAUAACUUCGUAAAUACAAAUCGGAUUGGUUUGCAUUCGUCCGCUACUCUUUAAUACACUAGUUAGCUAUGCUAAAAGUCGAUAAAAAGUUCAUUAAAUACAAAAUAUGAUGUUAAACAAGCAGUUUUAAAAAGUGAUCGAUUUUGUGCCGUGAAAAAAGUGCGGGGCAAGAUGGGUCACCUUUUAAGUAAUUAACAU